AAUGUGUAUUCAAAACAUUAUUUUAGGAUUUAUUCCAUUUAUUUAUAGUUAGCAUCAUUUAACAAAGUGCCUAUUUUUUCCUAAGCGUUAAAAGUUAAGUUGUCAGAUUUAGAAAAUAUGGCAAUGUCUGCGUUUAAUAUCUAUCCAACCCGUUGACGUCAGUGCAGUCAUCGGCUAUCUCUUUUUAGCAACCAAUUAUUAACGGCAAACUGUAAAGCAAUUUGUUUUGUUGAUAUUGCUUUGAGGUGCUAUAUUUGUUUAAUUUUUUUUUUGAUAAAUGCGCGCUUUAUUGUGUUUUUGUACGUUAAAAUGGAUCCAAAUAAUAUGCUCUUCCGAUUGGAAGAUCUUACAGCUGAAAAAGUAUACGCCGAAUAUGGCAUAACUAAAGAAGAACGAAUGAAAAAUCCGGAAUUUUAUAAAUUGUUCGUCGAAGAUUUCAUACCUACACGCGAAGACCUGCAACGUGAAAUUGAUAAAGAAAAGCUGAAGGAAUUGUGUCUACGUUUACCAUGUCGCGUUUUAAUGCAGCGUUGGAAUCCGGUGCAAGAUUUCGUGAAUCAAUUCACGCGCCAAGGACGCAUACAACGUUGGACAAAAGAAAAAACUCAAAAACUAUUAGUAAAAGCAGUUGGUCGGCAUAAAAAUGUGUGCCUCUAUAGUGAUGAUGAAAUACGCAAGCAACGUGAGCGGGAAUGGUGCGAACGAAAAAAAGAAAAUUUGAUGCGUCUAGUAGUUUGGGAAUACGACCGGCAGAAGCAAGUAUUGCAAGAUGAGCAAUCUGAAGAAGUACUACACAACAGCUAUAAUACGCACAACAGUGAUAAUAACAAUGUGACCGAUAGUGAAGAAACCGAAAUUGAUAUACAAAAGAAUGUAACUUCCGACGGUGCUAUAGCAUCAGCUAUUCUCAACAUAGAUGCUGUAAUGGCAGAAUUGCAUGGUAGCCCACUAGAAGGGACGCCUUCAGAUAUUGUGCCUAUACCGCCACUUAGUCAAACUACACAUUUGAAUCCAGCAGAUUCGACAACCAAUAUUUUGCCACAAAGCCAAGUGCUACAACCAACUUCCCUACCUAGCACGCAAAAUACCGAAGAGCUUGCUGGUAGGGAAUACGUGGAAAUGGUGCAAGAAAUUAGUGUUAAUGAUAUGCCUAGAUUAGAUGAUUUUAUUAAUGUUAAUACGGAGUCAAUGCAACUGGAGGAUUCAACAACAAUUAAUUCGCAGGACGUUUUUAAUGGUGAAUGCACACCGCCAUAUUAUGAGUUCAACACACAUGUAUCUAUGACAUCAACGCAAUCGCCGACUGCUAAGUAAUUUGUUAUAGUUGCUAAUAUAUAUAUUUUUUUAUGAUAUAAAAUGUUAAAAUUUAACUGUUUGUUUUAUAAGAAUAUUAUAUGUGGAAAAUAAAUUGCCAUGGUAAUAAAAAAUAUAAAAUAUA